GUAUAAACAAAUAUCAAAUCACAAGUGUGAUGGAGACGGGUAUUUCAGUAGUAAUCUUUAGAGCCCGGCAAGUGUUAUUUUAUCAUUUGGAUUGUUCACGUCUGUAUGAUGGAAUGUUACAGUUAUAAGGUUUACAUGACAACAGCAAAAGCACAAUCGUUUAUGAGCGAGCCGAUGGGAAAUAAGCCUCUCACAGCGGUCGGUGGCAUUGGAACAAUUUUUGCGCAAAGACUUGCCGAUAAAGGCUUUAUCUGUGCUGCCCAACUGUAUGUUCAUUUCUUAGACAUGAAAAGAAAUGAGGUGCACUUCAAGAACUGGUUUUAUCAAGUAACUGCAGCAGACCCACACUUUCAGAACUUGUGUUAUUAUUCGAUGAAUGGAUAUUACCUAAACUUCCAUCAGUGACAAUCAAACAACAAUGUUUCAAUAUUGAUAUAAUUGUAUAUUGAUUAGUUUUAUGUGUGUCGGUUUUAUAUCUUUAAUUUUCUAUUCUCACCCUUAUAUCACAAAAGUUUAAUAUUACAUUUAAUUGCGUGCCAUUUUGUCACCUUGCACUAUCUGAUAGUAAAAUAGCAUUAUUGAAUGAAAGUUUUAUAUUUCAGUAGUUGACAUUUUAUAAAUGAAAAUAAUGCGUAGAUCUAGGAGAAUAAAAAAAACGCAUAAUAUGCUUAUCUGAUUCAAACAGAAAACUUAUGUAGCACAGACAUUGGUUGGUAAAUAUAAAAAAAAUAAAACUGUAAAAUUUUCUAAGAUUAAAUAACAUUGUAUAAAUGAAUGUGUAUGAAAAUAAGAAGCUAUGAAGGAAAAAUUUCAAUGGCAUGAAGUUUUAUAUUCAUGAAUUGGGACUUGUGGAAAUGUGAGUUAAUAAUACCAUAUUAAUAAAUAAUAUAACUUUCGUUGAAAUCUACAAAAUGAUGCUACAUGCCAUAUGUCUAAGCUUUUGGCUUUUCAUUUUCAAACAAUAAGUCUUAAAUGUGUUUUCCUAUAUUAGUCUUUAUACAUUCAAGACCAAGUAACCCCUGGUCGAGCGGAUAUUGUCCCCAGGGGCAUGAUUAUUAUCAGUUUUGUACACCUUUUGUGAUUUUAGUGGAUUUCUUUAGCUCAUCUCACCACGAACUGGUCAAGGUUAGGUCUAGGGGUGGGGGCUAUGUCCGUCGUCGUGCAUUGUGCGUCGUCCACAAUUGGGUUGUUAACACUCUAGCAGUCACAGUUUUAAUUGGAUCACCAUCAAACUUUGUCAGAAUGUUUUCCUCAAUGAAAUACAGGUCAAGUUCAAAUAUCGGUUAUCUCCAGUCAAAAACUAGGUCGCAGGAGCUAAAAAUAGAAAACGCUCAUAAACACUCUAGUGGCUGCAGUUUUGAUCCAAAUAUAUCUGAAUAUUGGUCAGGAAGGUUGUUUUGAUGAUUUCUAGGUCAAGUUUGAAGAUGGGUCAUAUCAGGUCAAAAACUAGGUCACAUGAGCUAAAGAUAGAAAAAUCUCGUAAACAUUCUAGUUGCUGCAGUUUUGAACAAACUAUCCUGAAUAUUUGUCAGGCGGGUUGUUUUGAUGAUUUCUAGGUCUCAUUUUAAUAUAUGGAUCAUCUCCAUCAAAAACUAGAUCACAGGAGCUAAAAAUAGAAAAAUCUUGUAAACACUCUAGUAGCCGCAGUUUUGAUCCAAAUAUUCUGGAAAUUUGUCAGGAAGGUUGUUUUGAUAAUUUCUAGGUCAAGUUUUAAUAUGGGUCAUCUCCGGUCAAAAUUAUGUCCCAGGAGCUAAAAAUAGAAAAAUAUUGUUAACACUCUAGUGGCUACAGAUUUGAUUCAAAUAUUCUUUAAAUUUUUCAGGAAGGUUGUUUUGAUAAUUUCUAAGUUAAGUUUGAAUAUGGGUUGUCUCCGGUCAAAAUCUAGGUCAAAAGGGGCUAAAAAUAGAAAAAUCUUGUUAUCUCUCUUAUGGUCACAUUUUGACUCAAUUGUCAUCAAACUUUCUGAGGAUGCUUGUCUAGUUUAUUGUUCGAAUGAGUUCAAACAUGGGUCAUUUCUGAUCACACGAGCAAAAAAUAGAAAAAUCUUGUUAAUUCUAGUGGCUACUGUUGUUAUCCAAAAAUCUUGGAAAUUGGUCUGCAAGUUUGUUUUGAUGAUGUCUAGGUUACGUCCGAAUAUGGGUCACCUGGGAUCAAAAACUAAGUCAAACUGCCCAAAUAUGGAAAAACCUUGUUAAGAGUCUAGUGGUCACAAAUUUGACUCAAUUGUCAUCAAACUUAUUUAGAUGGUUGCCAAAGUAAUUGCUCUGAUGAGUUUUAUAAGUCAGGUGAGCGAUCUUGUUUAAUUUCCUCCUUAUGAUAUUAUUGCAUAAAGUAUUUAUGACAAGAGGUGCAAUAAUUAUUUGAACAUCAACAUCGAUAUUAAAAUAAUAGAAGUUGUUUCCAAUGAGUUCAUGACAAUUUUGUCAAAAUAAGUAUCAAUGUUUUCAAUGCUAUAAUGAAAUUUCUCCUUUAUGUUAAAGAAGUUCUACAAAAGUGUUAUAUAAUAACUUCUGAAAAGAAUUAUUUUCUAAUGUUACAUUAAAAAUAGGUCAGCCUUAAAUAACGUUUUACAUUCUUGGUAAGAUUAUACUAUUGAAAUACUUUCUUUAAAAUAUUUGUAGAAUCUUUAUUCUCUUUAAAUAUGUAUAUUUCAGUACAGUGUAUGUAUAUGCAAGAAUGUUUUGUAUUAUCAGAAUAAUAACUCAAAAAUAAAAAAAUAAAUAAAAAAAAA